AUGAACCCACCAAUCCUGACUCGUCCCCCUCUUUGUCACCACCUACGUGGCAAUUAUCCAUUAGAGCUUGAAUCGCACCCGGCAUGGCCACAAAUCAAGUCAAGCAUCAAGGCAGCAAACCCAUUUGUGUUUCCCAGUGUUUGUCUCCCAGGCUUAACUGCGCAUGCGAGUGCUCCCACUCACCCCGCUGUAUCUGGCAUUGACUUGGAGUACAACCAUUCUCCUUUUGACUUGGCUUUUUAUGCAUUUGAGAAUUCACCCACCGUGGAUCAUUCGAUUCCAACCACACAAGCACACCUCGCAGUCCUUAUUCUGACCUCGGAAUGCCUCGACGGUGAUAACAUAGUGAUAACACGUCGCAAGAUUCAGAACUUCCUGGAUAUCAAUGAUCACGAGAAGAAGAUCAUUUAUUUCUUUGCAGGUGACAAUGAGAAUAAAUCCUUCCAGCCUGAAUGCCUUUUUACCCUGGGUUUAUUUCUUGCUUUCGAAGAUCAUCCAAACAUGUGUCAGGUCAUCCCUCUCGUCGAACCCCAAUUCCUGAUGCAUGAUAUUCUGUUGAAGGCCAGUUACUCAAAGGAAUAUUUUCGCCCUUUCGACAAAGAUGGGACCCUACAGAAUACCCUUGGGGAGGAUGAUGCUGUCGUUUGGUCCUUUUCGCUUGAAUCUCUCUCGUCCGACGAAGCAGGUAGUGAUCAGCGCAAACUUGAGUACCGCAAGAGAGAAAUUAAGGAAUAUCUGGGCCGGGGGAGUGAUUUGACACAGCGGGAACUCUUGGAUUCGUUUUAG